CCUCCGAGGCCUCUCUGCCCAUCCACAGCCGAUCGGAAGGCGCGGAGGGCGGAUGGCAGCGCCACGGCCCUGUGCGGACGGGCCCUGCUGUUCCCACCUCAGUGCAGUAUCCGGCGUGCAGCAGACCCUGGAGGAGAUGGACUUCGAAAGGGGAAUCUGGUCAGCAGCCCUGAAUGGAGACCUGGGCCGGGUGAAAUAUUUAAUCCAGAAGGCAACGGACCCUAGUCAGCCUGACUCUGCUGGCUACACUGCUUUGGUGAGCUGGGGAGAAACAAGGGUCAAAAGAGAGAAAAGUUUUAAUUCAGGGUGGAGCCCAGUGCGGGGCAGGGGAGUGUGCUUUUUAAUUAGGACUCUCUCUCCACAGGCUGCAGAAAAGGGUCACAUGGACAUUUGCUCCCUCCUGUUGCAACACAGCCCAGCCCUGAAGGCUGUCCGGGACCGGAAAGCACGGCUAGCAUGUGACCUGCUGCCCUUCAACAGUGACCUGCGGAACCUUCUGGCCAGCUGAGUCACCACUCUCCUAUCUGGGCUGCCCUUGAAGGGAACACAGACCAGCUCUCCGAGCCCCACCUUGGUCAGCAUCUGUGCUGUGGGACGGGAAGCUCUGGCUGGAGGACACGAAGAGCCCAGCUGGGCUGCUGUGGAGGCCAGGGAGUAGAUUUGUGGGACUGGAGGUGUUUCCUACAGAUGAGCAUAUUCUAAAUGAGUUCAUCUGUCCAUUCAGAAAAGACAAAUAAAGUUGUAUCUUUAUCCUACAUACAAAGAAAAAUUACAAGUAUAAAAAACAAACAUAAAAAUAAAGCUAUGUAAGUAUUAGAAGAAAAUGAGGAAUAUGAGACAAAAGCUGCUUUCUAGCUGAAUGACCGUGACACAAGUCACUUUACCUGUCUGUCCCUCAGCUUCCUUACCUAUAGGACCUGCCUCGUAGUCAUGCAGACUCAAUGUGUGAGCUUCAGGCUUGAGAGCAUCUGCAGCCUGCAGCCUGAGCUGGCCUGCUCCUUGCACUCGUCAGCGCUGGCGUUCAUACUGUGAUUUUCUUCAUUUCAGCCGGCUGAUAGGUAGAAAAGUACUGUUACUUUAUUUUGCAUUGCUAACUACUAGUCCUAAUUACCUGUUUUCUGUGAACUUCCUGCCUAUUCUUAAAAUAUUUUUCCUUCCAUUGAUUCA